ACAGACUGGGAUCACAGAAUUUUCAGAGUUGUUCUAUAUAAUGUUUCAGAUCAAAUGUGUUUUAAUUUGAAUAACUAGGUUGGAAGAUCACUAGAGAAGCGAAGUGCAUCCAUACUGUUUGGGCCCAUAUCACUGGAACACCAAGCAGAAGAUAAGAAGAUGGUUUCAGUUCCACAAAAUAAUGUUAGUGUUCUGAAGGUGUCUUAUACAGUGAGGGAACGUCUAGGACCAUGGUGGGAUAUUUCAUCAUACCAUAAAAAGUGGACAAGACAGAUUCUCAAGGAUGUUUCAUUUCAUAUAGAAAGUGGCCAAAUAAUGGGCAUUUUAGGAAAUUCUGGAUCUGGGAAAACAACUCUGCUGGAUGCCAUAGCUGGAAGACUGAGCCAUAAGAGCAAUUUUGUUGGGCAAGUUUAUGUCAAUGGACAUGAGUUGCAUCAGGAUCAAUUUCAAGACUGUUUUUCCUAUGUUCUCCAGAAUGAUACUUUGUUAAGCUACCUCACCAUAGAAGAAUCUUUGACAUAUAUUGCCUUGCUGGCACUUCAGAAGCAUUCCUGUGACUCUAUAAAGAAAAAGGUUGAUGCUGUUAUGGCUGAGCUAAGGCUCAGUCAUGUUGCUAACAGUGUAAUUGGAAGCCGUAUUUUGGGGGGAAUUUCUGAGGGUGAGAGGCGCCGUGUUUCAGUUGCAGCACAAUUAUUACAAGAUCCCCAGGUCAUGUUGCUAGAUGAACCAACAACUGGUCUGGACUGCAUGACAGCUAAUCAGAUUGUAAUGCUGCUUUCAGAACUUGCUCAGAAAGGCAGGAUAGUAAUUAUUACAGUCCAUCAGCCACGAUCAGAACUUUUCCAGGUAUUUAAUAAAAUUUGCAUCAUGAGUUUCGGAGAAUUAGUUUUCUGUGGAGGUCCAUCAGACAUGAUCACAUUUUUUGAGAGCUGUGGCUACUCUUGCCCUGAACAUUCCAACCCCUUCGAUUUUUAUGUGGAUCUGACAUCAGUAGACACUCAAAGCAAAGUGCGUGAACUGGAAACUUACAGCCGAGUUCAAACUAUUUCUACUGCCUAUAAAAGUUCAGAAUUAUUUCUUAACACUCUGGAGGCCAUUGAAGAAACAAAGUGCAAAGUAAAAGACCUACCACCUAUACCUUUUAAAUGUAAAGAUUCCCCUGACUCUUUCGCCAAACUAUGGAUUCUCUUAAGGAGGAUCACAAGAAAUUUCUCCAGAGACAAAGUUGGGCUAAUCAUGCGCCUUUCCCAAAACUUAUUGUUUGGCCUUUUCAUGGCAUUCUUCCUCCUGAGGCUGAGUGAUGAUCUUCUUAAAGGAGCAGUGCAAGAUCGUGUAGGGUUCAUUUACCAAUGUAUGAGUGCUCCACCACAUACAGGAAUUCUCAAUGCCCUAGCUCUGUUUCCUGCAUUACGGGCUGUGGGAGACCAAGAAAGCAAAGAUGGUUUAUACCAGAAAUGGCACAUGUUGCUUGCCUACGUACUUCAUUUCCUGCCCUUUAGUGUCAUCAGUGUUGCACUUUUUAGCAUCUUUAUUUACUGGACUGUGGGAUUGCACCCAGCUGCAUCAAGUUUUGGAUAUUUCUUUGCUGCUGUCACAGUACCUCAUAUAGUAGGAGAACUGCUUACACUUGUUUUUCUUGGGGUAAUUCAAAAUCCCAAUGUGGUCAAUGGAGGAGUAGGUCUACUUAACGUAGCAGGAGUCCUAGUUGGAAGUGGACUUGUAAGGAGCCUAGAGGACAUGCCAACUGCUUUUAAGAUGCUAAGUUAUCUUACAUUUCAAAAAUACGGCAGUGAAAUUCUUAUUGUGAAUGAGUUUUCUGGAUUAAAAUUCACAUGUGGUGGUCUCUCCAACAUUUCCACUGGAGUUGAGGCUUCCUGUCCGUUUUCUCAUGGGACUCAGUUCAUUGAAAGAAACUUUCCAGGAGCAGGAUCCCGCUUCACAACUGACUUUCUACUAUUAUAUGCUUUUCUCCCAGCGCUCAUAACUCUAGCAAUUAUAAGUUUUAAAAUAAGGGAUAUAACUAUUCUUAGGUGAUGCAAGUGCCACUAAAUAGUUUGUGAAAGUAUUGUAUUUUGUAUACUUUUGUGGAACCUGAAAGUACAGCUUAUCGAAGCUUUUCCCUGUUGUUGAAUGAUUAAAGUGUAACAAUGUAGUCUUCCAUUGAUAUUAUGGUAAAAAACAAGAGUUCUCUUAAUUCUCGUUGGAAAAUUGAAUGGAUGAUCCAAGAAGAAUCAACUUGAUGGUUAUUCUUCUCUUUCUGUGAUAUGACCAAGCAUGCAUUUUCACUUACUCUUUUUAGGCUGUGUUAGGAACAAAUCUUAAGUAUUAUGAUGAAAAGAGGGAACUGUAGAUGCUUUGAAAUAAACAAAAAAAUCAUUAUCACAUUCAGUGUUACUUUGGUUUCAUAAGGUUGUAUUCAUGUUUAAUACAUUCAUAUCUGUGAGUCUGAGAAGAAUUGUGUGUAUAGAGGUGUGCGCAAUUUGAAAAUCUUGCCCAGUAUCACCUCUUCCUGCAGGAUUCUAUAAGCUCCAUAGGCUCCUUAGAAUAAAGGAAGGUUCCCACAUACUAUUUUUAACUAGUAACUCAAUGACAUUCUUCCCCUUCUGGAACAUUUUUAGUCCUCAUAUGGCUAUUUUUAAAUGUAUUUUUUCUCUUUUGGUUAUUUGACGAAGUCAUAUGUUUAGUGAUCCCUGUGUCAGUAGUCAAACCCCUUCCCCACACUGCAAGUGCAGUUUGUGGAUAUGAAAUAUCAUAAAUGUCUUAGACACUGUUUGGCCCUAAGCAGAGGGGAUGCCAACUGGCCCGGAAACAGGAAAGUUACCGAGCCAUAAGUCAUAGGGGAAAUGACUGACGGCUCCCAUGCCCCAGAGAGCAGCAGACAUAAUGAGGCUUCCUCAAGAGACACCUCCCUGCCUAAUCUCAUCAAUAUCUUCCUCCACUUUUCUUCUCUCACUUACUUAAUCAGGCUUUUUGGCACAUCUGAUGGCCUUCCUGUCCAAUACGUACCAAAUCAUUAAGCAAUAUUUUUACCUAUAGACCAUUCCAGAUAGUCAUAUCAAACCCUUCCCAAGUUACUGAUCAUCUCCAGACAAGCCAUUAAGCCAUUCUUUUGGGAGCUAUACUGCAGCAUUGCUCCAGGAUAUGUUUUGCCCUAUAACUGGGCUGCCCAGCCAUGUGCUCAGCAUGUGUGUGCCUUAGUAACUACUCACGCACCCUCACCCCUUUUGGGCUUCUUCUCUCCAUGAAACACUGCUUGUUUUGCUGCUCCUCCAUGGACCUUCUCCUCUUUAAAACUGGUAAUUACCGCCCUUCUCCCAAAACUGCUUUCCCAUUUCCUCACUGUUUUCUUAGUUAGCUUUGUGUGUAUGCUGCGUGUGCUUUCUAUUCCUCUGUUAAUAAAAAAAACCUUUCUAGUAGAACAUCUGCCUGAUUAUUUGAGAGUUUUCUGAGGGAACA